AUGCUCCCUCUCGGCCUGCUCACCGCGGCGCAAGGCCAUCCCAUGCUUGUGGAGCUCAAGACUGGCGAAACACUGAAUGGUCAUCUCGUCAGCUGCGACACAUACAUGAACAUCACAUUGAAGGAAGUUGUGCAAACAAGUCCCGACGGCGACAAGUUCUUCAGGUUACCGGAAUGCUACGUGAGAGGAAACAACAUCAAGUAUUUGCGAGUUCCAGACGAAGUUGUGGACUCCGUGAAGGAGCAGCAGGCGAAUCAACAAAGUCAGCGCGGAGGCAGAGGUGGCAUGGGUCAGCGGGGAGAUCACGGCGGUGGACGUGGCGACAGGGGACGCGGUCGGGGUAGAGGAGGACCUGGGAGAGGUAGAGGACGUGGUGGGUGA